CGGUAGUCUGAAAGAACCCAUAGUACUGUGCACUCUGUGCACUUAAUUACGCUAUUUUAGGAAAAAAGUCGUGACCCUCUUUUUGCCUAUCUAUUUUUUGUUUUAGUAGAUUUGUUUCUAAAAUAAUUGUUUCCUCAAUUGUGUUAAAAUUCAAAGUCUAUAUGAAAAGAGGAAUUAAAGAAAAGGCUCCUUUGAAUGUGAGAAUUGUCUUUACUGUUUCUUCUUUUACGUGUCUAUGGCUAAAAGGAUUUUAAGUGAUGUGAUUAUUUUUAAGUUUCACAAAAUCAGUGGCAGAUAUAAUAGCAGCGUGUAUUUGUGAAUAACAAGUUUAUGAUAAGGUUCGUUAUAAUUGAAGAAAGAAUAAGUGAGUAAAGUUUGCCUGGCAAGAAGGAUAUAUAUAUGUGUGAUAAAUAGUGAAUUAAUGAACAAAAUUUUGGUGCUCAAGCUAUAUCUGUACCACUGACGAAAGAAAGUAGCGAAAGAAAGAAAGAGAGAUAUCUUCUUAAUCUCUACGUUUUUCCUUUCAUCAUUUACCCUUUAAUUCCUUCUUCGAUCUUAGCCCUUGGGCUUCUGCUUCCCCUUUCUCUCUCUCUCUCUCUCUUUCUCUCUCUCAGGCACAUACACAUACAUUUGAAAGUUUACUAUUUCAAUCCCCACUUUCGUCCUUAGUUUCUCUCUCACUCUCACCCUUUUCGUCCACACCUAGCUUUUCCUCGCAUAACCUCGACCUCGUCACAGAUCUGUAUGAAGAAGAAACAUGUGUUAGUGACUGAAAUUUUCAUUUUGUGGAUAAGAUUGUGACAGGUUCAUGUGAUCAAAUUAAGAUUCCAUAUAAAUGUGUCGAGCACGUUAUAAAAAGUGAAAAAUACGAAGAAGAGGAAGAAGAAUCAACGACAAGGAACGGCUGCGAGCGAGUUUAUUUUUAGUGUGCGCGCGCGCCCCUCGAAGGCGCUGAGAGUAGUGUUAUAUUAUAUUAAGCAAAGCGGCGGUGACCCGAUGAAGCGGCGUAUGUGACAUCCAAUUUUCUCUUGUCACCUCCACUAAAAGACUUUGCAGACCUUCCAAGUGACCACUUUGAGAAGGAUUGCUUUCAAUGGAUGCGUUGAAAUCCAGUUCUUGUGAUUAAAAGAAAAGCAGACCUAAAUCCAUAUGAAAAGAAGGAGUCGAACCUGUAGAUAGCAGAUUAAGAAGAGGCUACAAAUUUUCACGCAUGUUGUGCUGGACUUCCAUCAAAUUAGAGGCACAAAGUGCAAAAUUUCGGGUACUUAUUGACAAGAUCAGAGAAGAGUGGUGAAAUUGGCGAAAGCCAUAUUUAAGGGACACACGAAAUGGCGACAAUAGAUGGGCGACCAGCUCAGUAUGGAAUUACACUUAAGCAACUACGAGAGCUUAUGGAGCUUCGAGGUCGCGAAGGUGUUAAUAAGAUUAAUAGCCAUGGAGGAGUACAAGAGAUCUGCAAAAAAUUAUAUACUUCUCCCAGUGAAGGUCUCAGUGGGUCGGACGCAGACAUUCAGCACAGGCGAGACACAUUUGGAUCAAACAUGAUACCUCCUAAACCACCAAAAACAUUUUUACAAUUAGUAUGGGAAGCGUUGCAAGAUGUAACGUUAAUCAUUUUAGAAAUAGCUGCGUUGGUUUCAUUAGGUCUCAGUUUUUAUCAUCCUUCUGAUGAGAAUGCACCUCCGGGAAUAGAUGAUGAUGAGGCGAAGUAUGGUUGGAUUGAAGGACUUGCUAUUUUGAUAUCCGUCAUUGUGGUGGUUAUAGUGACAGCUUUUAAUGAUUAUUCUAAGGAGCGUCAAUUUAGAGGUCUUCAAAGUAGAAUAGAAGGAGAACAUAGAUUCUCCGUUAUCAGACAAGGAGAAGUAAAACAAAUUUCCGUAUCCGAUAUAGUUGUAGGUGAUAUUUGUCAGAUAAAAUAUGGAGAUCUGCUGCCUGCAGAUGGUAUUCUCAUACAAAGCAACGAUCUCAAAAUAGACGAAUCCAGUUUAACUGGAGAGUCGGACCAUGUGAAAAAGGGAGAAACUUUUGAUCCCAUGGUCCUUUCUGGAACACAUGUCAUGGAGGGAUCUGGCAAAAUGUUAGUAACUGCCGUUGGCGUUAAUUCACAAGCAGGCAUUAUUUUUACUCUUUUGGGAGCUGCUGUAGAUCAGCAGGAACAGGAAAUCAAAAAAAUGAAAAAAGAGGCUAAAAAGCAGAGAAAGAAGAAAUCAUUAACAGGUAAUGAAUCUGGUGAAAUCACUGGAAAUAGUCACAGCAGUAGUGGUGUGAAACACGAGGGAGGAGAAAAUCAUCAUGGUUCAGCUCCUGCACCUGCAGAAGAACCUGGCAAAAAAGAAAAAAGUGUCCUGCAAGCUAAAUUAACAAAACUAGCUAUUCAAAUUGGUUACGCAGGUUCAACGAUAGCCGUACUCACAGUUGUCAUUCUAGUCAUUCAAUUUUGUGUUAAAAAUUUUGUCAUUGACAAGAAGGAGUGGAGAAAUUUUUACGCUAAUGAAUUAGUGAGGCAUUUAAUCAUCGGUGUGACAGUGCUCGUUGUUGCUGUUCCCGAAGGCUUACCACUUGCUGUAACUCUGUCUCUUGCAUAUUCAGUUAAGAAAAUGAUGAAGGAUAAUAAUUUGGUGCGCCAUUUAGAUGCUUGUGAAACUAUGGGAAAUGCUACUGCCAUUUGCUCGGAUAAAACGGGAACUCUAACGACCAAUAGAAUGACCGUAGUUCAAUCAUAUAUUUGCGAGAAAAUGAGCAAAACUUCCACGUUUUCGGAUAUUCCGAGUCAUGUUGGCAAUUUGUUGAUUCAAUCAGUAUCUAUUAAUUCAGCAUAUACAUCCAGAAUAAUGCCCUCACAAGACCCUACUGAAUUGCCGAUGCAAGUUGGUAACAAAACCGAAUGUGCCUUAUUGGGAUUUGUAGUGGCUCUGGGCAAGAGUUAUCAAAACGUGCGUGAUGAUAACCCCGAAGAAACAUUUACUCGAGUGUACACAUUCAACAGCGUUAGAAAAAGUAUGUCUACUGUUGUUCCCAGAGAAGGUGGAGGCUACAGGCUUUUCACCAAGGGCGCUUCCGAAAUCAUCAUGAAGAAAUGUGCCUUUAUUUAUGGACGAGAGGGUCAUCUGGAAAAAUUUACCAGGGAUAUGCAAGAGCGCCUGGUGAAAAAUGUAAUUGAACCAAUGGCAUGUGACGGUCUCCGCACAAUUUCUAUUGCUUACCGAGAUUUUGUUCCUGGAAAGGCUGAAAUUAAUCAAGUUCAUACAGACAACGAGCCUAAUUGGGAGGAUGAGGAAAAUAUUGUCAAUAAUCUUACAUGUUUGGGUAUUGUUGGUAUUGAAGAUCCUGUUCGACCUGAAGUACCAGAUGCUAUUAGAAGGUGUCAAAAAGCUGGCAUCACUGUACGAAUGGUAACAGGUGAUAAUAUAAAUACUGCAAGAUCAAUAGCUCUCAAAUGUGGAAUCUUAAAACCAAAUGAAGACUUUCUCAUAUUAGAAGGUAAAGAAUUUAAUAAGCGCAUUAGAGAUAGUCAUGGGGAAGUACAACAACAUCUUCUUGAUAAAGUAUGGCCCAAAUUGAGAGUACUAGCGAGAUCAUCUCCAACUGAUAAAUAUACACUUGUAAAAGGUAUUAUUGACAGUAAAGCAACAGUAAGUCGAGAAGUAGUUGCCGUAACGGGAGAUGGAACAAAUGAUGGUCCAGCACUUAAAAAAGCAGAUGUUGGUUUUGCAAUGGGCAUUGCAGGAACUGAUGUUGCCAAGGAAGCAUCUGAUAUUAUCUUAACUGAUGACAAUUUUUCUUCUAUCGUUAAGGCGGUAAUGUGGGGCAGAAAUGUUUACGACAGUAUUGCUAAGUUUUUGCAGUUUCAAUUAACCGUUAAUGUUGUUGCUGUAAUCGUUGCUUUUAUUGGUGCUUGUGCAGUUCAAGAUUCGCCAUUAAAAGCAGUACAAAUGUUAUGGGUCAAUCUUAUAAUGGAUACAUUAGCUUCUCUUGCUUUAGCUACAGAACUACCAACUCCCGAUCUUCUUCUUCGAAGGCCAUAUGGUAGAACUAAACCACUUAUAUCGCGAACAAUGAUGAAAAAUAUUCUUGGGCAAGCAAUUUACCAAUUGACGGUUAUUUUUACGCUUCUGUUUGUUGGUGACAGACUUCUUGGCAUCGAAACAGGUCGAAAUAAACAUGACCAAGGACCCACUCAACAUUUUACUGUUAUUUUUAAUACUUUCGUUAUGAUGACUUUAUUUAAUGAAUUUAAUGCUCGAAAAAUUCAUGGCCAGAGAAAUGUCUUCCAGGGGAUAUUUACUAAUCCUAUCUUCUAUUCGAUUUGGAUAGGCACAUGCCUUUCGCAAAUAGUUAUUAUUCAGUAUGGUAAGAUGGCAUUCAGCACAAAAGCUUUAACUGUAGAACAAUGGAUGUGGUGUCUGUUCUUUGGAAUCGGUACUCUUUUGUGGGGCCAACUAGUAACAACAGUUCCUACACGCAAGAUUCCUAAAAUUCUUUCAUGGGGCCGCGGACAACCGGAUGAUAUUGGUGCCAUCAAUCUAGGAGAUGAAAAAUACGACCCUGACUCGGAUAAAAAGCCGCGCGCAGGACAAAUUCUAUGGAUUCGCGGUCUCACACGACUACAAACUCAGGUGAUUGGUGGCGAGUUGCAGGAACGUUUGAUACCGGUACCCUACAGCAAGAGCUCGACUGACCAAGCUAUUCGUGUAGUGAAUGCAUUCCGGCAAGGCCUAGAUGCACGCUAUGGCGAACAUAGCAGUACAACCCUCGCUGAAGUCCUUAGGAAGCAGUCGUCACUAAAUAAGCGAAUUUCGCAGACAAGUAGUAUCGAAUACGCUGACAAUAUACCUGAUGAAUUAACUAUUCCUGAAAUUGACGUCGAACGUCUAUCAAGUCACAGUCAUACUGAAACCGCAGUCUAAAAAUAAGUUGAUAACGAAAUUAGAGGUGAGAACCCGUCCUUUAAAAUCACAGUGUUCCGAAGCCUGUGUAUCCUAGAGACAACCAAGUCCCUAUUAAUUGCGUGCAUUAUUUCGUCAUACCUUUACGAAAAAUUGGAUAAGACGAAAAUAAAGGAUAUGGAACUAAUAGCUUAUAUUAAUUACAAAAAAAGAGAGGAACGAAGACACGAGAUGUGAAUUUCUGUACAAUGAGAGGUUGAUUAAAAUUAAUAUUAAAAAUUAAAUUACGUCGCAAAUAACGGCAAGUUCUCAACUUGAAUAAAUUGAAAUACCAAAGCAAUACAUCACUGCCUUUCCUGUUCUCUAGUCAGUUAUUUUCUACAUUCUUGAUUUAAUUUUAUCUAAUCAUAUUUUAUCUUUAUUAUUUGAGUUAAAUUUAGCUUUACGUGCAAUACGUAUUAAGAAAAUUAUAAAUCGAUUCUAAAAUAUAUAUUCCAAACAAUCAAUUACGAAUAUGGAAUUUUUAGUUUUAAAUAUACAUAUUAAGAUUAAACUUGUUCAGAAAUACUAAACGCGUCCUCGAUCCUCUUCAAAUACAGCGCAUAUGCAGAAAAUUUAAAUCAAUUGUCCGAAGAAUUGUCGGACGUGAGCACUAGAAUGAAGUAAGUGGUGCUUAAUGAAUAUUCCUAAUGUUGCGACAAAGAUGAGAAUGAGAGGAUGAAUGAGCUCUCUAAGUAUUUUUGACAUGUAUGUUCCUUCAUGUAAGGAAGUUGUUGGAUUAAUAUAUUUAUGCUUCUUAUUUAACUCAUCUGUUUUAACUCAUUCUACAUGUUUCCUUUAAAAAUAGAAACAAUGUAGAUCUCGACAUAUUAUGUAAUUUUCUAAUUGUUUUUGCUCAUGAAGCUAGUAAUAUUUGUUUUCGUUUCAAAUAAUAUACAAUUAAAGCUAAAUUACGAAAGGAGUGCAUAUUUCUGAUUUAUUACAUUAAAGAACAAACGCAAGUUAAAUUUUUAUCAAGUCUCUGUUUGUUCUUUUUUUAACAACUGUUUUCUAACAAUUAUGUAGUAAAACGUUUAAUAACUUAGCAAAGAAAUAUGUUUUCAAAUUGUUCAAAAAUAUAACUUAAUGAAUUGAAACAAAUUAUUAAUAUACUACCUACAUUCAACAACUAUUCAUUGUUAAGUGUUUAAUUAAAUUUAUAUUUAAUAUAACAAAAUGCACAUAUACAGUGCCAGUUCAGAAGAAAUUUUAGUCUUUUCAAAGAAAAAGUUUUUACACUUUUCACAAUAUGUAAGAUAAUAGCGAUUAUAAAUAAGGUAUGAGAUAUUUAAAAUUGUAAUGUAUAAAAAAAAUUCUUUUAUGUGUUUUAUUAAAAGAAUAUGUACAGUGUUAGAAAUAUGUUGAAAUUUCAUGCACAUUUAAUCUAAAAGUGUAUCUAAAAUUUGAGUACUUUACAUAAUAACACAUUAGAGCUCAUGGCUUGACUAAUAUUCAUAUCCUUAUAAUAAUAUAAAAUCUUUAAAUUACAAAAAACAUUACAGGUACAAAAUCCUAAAAAAAAUUGUUCUUUGUAUCAUAUUAAAGUAGAUAACUUACAUGACAAAUAGGGCUGUUUUCAAAAAAUCACUUAACGGUGUUCCACAAUACUUUAUAAAAAACUAGUCGCCAAUUAUUGUUUAUUUAAUUUUGAAAAGUAUUUCUCGGACAGUUCUAGCAAAAUCUGAAAAAUAUCAGAUACCUGAAAGAACAGAAAUUUAGGAUAUGUGGUAUUUUUCCAGAUUUUGUGAUGAAUUACCGUUUUUUGAAAAUCUCUUUUUCUUUUUAAAUUAAAUAUGUUGAGGGACAUUUUUACAAAGUGCCACUGUGGAACACCGCGUUAAUGGUUUAAUAUAGUGGAAUUCCAUUCAUUAUAUAGGUAGCUUAUAUAUUAGCUCACUCGAUUGAAAAAUUCUAUGUAGACCUCCAUAUUUAGUCUUUCAAAGAAUUAUUCUGAAACAGCUCAAAAUUUUUCAGGAAACAAAGUUGAAAUUUUGCGGAACAUUGUUCGGUAAGCAUGUUUAUAGGAAGACAGCAAGUAAAUUUAGUUGAUACUACAAAAGCGUCUUCCUGGUAAACAGAAAGUUUACAUGCAAAAACUAAAAAUAAAUACUCAUUUAUGUGGUAAUAAACGACCAGUAAUAUAUGUAACAAAAUGAGUACUUAGAAAAAGAAUUGUUUCAAUUUUAAAUUUAAAAUAGUUGCAAUAUUUCUAAAAAUAUGGUUGAAUUCGAAGUAUCUUAGAUAUUUUGAAAAGUUGCAAAGUUUACUGCAAGGUUCCUAAAUAAUAUCGUGAAAUGUAGGGUGUAAGUUCCGUAAGAAAAACAUACAGAAAUUUCUUUAAUGAUAAUAAUUUUUAAAAAUUAUCAUUUGACCACAGUAAAUCAUGUUUAAAAUUUGUUUGACAAACUUGUUCCAGUAUUUUUCUAUGUCAUUUACUUCUGUACAAAAAAAACUAUUGUUUUUGAUUACCUUUAAUAACAAUUAAAGCCACUUUUAGCUAGUAAUUAAAAAAUGAAAUUUUUUUGCAUAUUACUAGCGGAUAGGAGAAUAAUUACUUUCAACUUUCCACUAUCCUGAAAAAUAUUGGUUUAGAAACGAUAAAAAUUGCCCAUAUUCCCAAUUAACCUGCAGUAGCAAAUGUCCUUUCAACUACUAAGCUUGCUAAAAGCUUGCUUUGCAAACUUACGAGUUGUAAGCAUAAGUUUUGCAAGCUCGACGUAUUGCUGAAAACUUUCAGGUUAAUUGGGUAAGAAUACAAUCAACGAAAUGACAUGCCAUGGAGCUGACAUUUUACAUUUAAGUCUGACCCCUUUUGUACAAAAAUGUUACUUUUCCUUAUGUAGAAUAUUUAUAAUAUAAUAAAAAAUUAAAUAAAAAUAGUGUGUACUCUAUUAGAUUUACAAUUACACGGUAAUGACAGAUUGUAAUUUACACAAUGUAUUUUCAAACAAUUGUUUGAAAAUUGUCUGCUUCCAAUUGUGAAAGUUUCUCAGUUUUUAAUGUUAGUUACAUAAUUAAUUUUUAGAUUAUAAAAAAUAUAGUAUUUAUAAAUAAAUAUUUUUAAUUUCAAGUUAAUAUCAUCUUACAUUCUUGACAAAAUGUAUUUUCCGCAAUGAUAUUUUUGUGCAAAUCAAAUGAAAGUUUUUUUUUGCAGAGUUCCCUUGUGUUAAGUAGCAUAAUAUUUUGACAAUUGUUCCUGAAAAAUUUGAAAGCUGUUUUACAGUCAAAAAAAUUUAUUCUACAACAAAAAUAAGGAAUUAUUAAAUAGAUAAAAAAGAUCUUUGCAGACAUCUAUAUAUUUUUUUUAAUAAGAUUUUAUAUGGGAACCUACAUAUAAAAUUUUUCAGUAGGGUAGCCGUAAAUUGUAAUGGUUAAAAAAUAUUUCAUAUAUAGAAACACAUGAAUUUUUAUACUAUAGAAUUCUCCACUGGAGUAGCCAUGGGUUGUAAUAGUUGAAGAGAAGUUCAUAUACAGAAAUGCAUAAAUUUUUAUACAUGAAUUCGUGAAAAUAUAUUUGAAUGAAUUUAGUAAUUUUUCUUGUAUUUGUAUAUUGUAUCUGUCCAAUGUACAUUUAUAAAAGUAGCUUCCUUUUUGUAUAUUAAAGUUAGCCACUUUUCUAACAGUAUGGGUAUCAGAUUUAUGUUCACGCAAAACCUACAUGUAUUUAAAAUGCAAAAUAUUUAAAACAAUUAAAUAACUAAAAAUAUUUUUAAUCCUAGAAUAUAAUGAUGUGCUUUUAAAAUGAUAAAUUUCGUUAAAUAUUUAAGUUUGGCUAAAACUCUUUAUUUCGUUCUUGAAUAACUUAAAUUUCUUCUGAACUCAGAACCCAAUAAUAUUUUACUUAUAAUGUUUUUGUACUUAAAGUAACAUGUUAUAUUUAUUCUUUUAAUAAAUAUAAACCUAUAAAAUAUUAUCCUUUUACUUUAUAUUCUUACGUAAUCAUGAGGAUAUAACAUUAAUUGAAAAUUUUCAUUCAUCAUCAGAAUUUAUUAUUUUGACUAUAAUCCUCAUAGCGCUAUAUCUUCAGAAUGUCCUAGGAAAGUCCUAGCGAUACCCCUAGGAUAUCCUGAGAUAUUUGGUGAUGUAAGGUAAUAAGUAUUAAAACUAUAAUAUUGUAAAAAUUAGUUGUUGUAUUUUUAAUAUAGGAUAUGAGAAUUACAAUCAAUUUCGUUUACUAAUGAUAAAACAUUUUGCUUCCAUUCUUGAAAUGUAUUUGUAUUUAAAGAUUUUGCAAAAAGGCGAAACAGACGGGAAAUUUUAAAAAUAUUAUACUAUAAAAUUGAAACAAAAAAAAACAACACUGAUAAAAAUAAUUUGUUAAGUCAACUGAUUUGUAGUUGAGUCAAUCUCUCUGCGAAUGUUAACACGACGAAAUAUACUCUGAGAUUGCCUCAAAGGCUCUGCGAAAUUGCCAAGUUGUAGUUCGGUUAAUUUCAUGAGAACUUUGAGUGAAAAAUAAAUGCAUUCGCAACAAA